AUGCUUGGUGUAUGGGCCUGAGGAUUAUCUGAAAAUACACCGGAACCACUGAAGAUGAUAGCUGAUCCGGAAAUCGAUAGGAUUGGCCGAUUACUAAACGAUAGCAAGUUAACUUUGAAUAAAACUACAAUUAAAAACAUUAUUAUAAUGUUGGAAGAUGAUAUACAAUCACUUUGUGCGCGAUUUCGAGCCCUAUUCAUUUUGCGGAAUCUCGGUUGUGACCGUUCAGUUGAAUGGAUUGGACGAUGUUUUGAUGAUCCAUCCGCCCUUCUGAAACAUGAAUUAGCUUACUGCCUUGGUCAGACACAGAAUAAAACAGCGAUAUCUAUUCUUGAAUCUGUGCUCCAGGAUGAAAGUCAAGAGGUAAUAGUACGUCAUGAAGCAGGUGAAGCACUGGGAGCAAUUGGUUCUUGCUCUUCUGCAGCUAUCCUUGAGAAAUAUAUGAAUGAUGAAGCUCAGGCUAUUGCAGAAACAUGCAGAUUAGCCUUGCAAAGGAUAGGAUGGCUUCAAGAAAAUAAAUAUGAUCAUAAAGAAGAUGAGAAAGAAAGUCCGUACAAUUCAAUAGAUCCAGCUCCUGCCUCAAGUGAAACCAAUAUUGAUAAGCUUUCUUCAAUUUUAACAGAUACAACAAAAUCAUUAUGGGAACGAUAUCAAGCUCUCUUCAGUCUUCGAAAUAUCGGCACAAAUGAAUCUAUAAAAGCACUUGCAAAAGGACUGACUUGCAAUGAUAGCGCACUACUCCGACAUGAAGUUGCUUAUGCCUUGGGUCAAGCACAAUCACCGAUAACAGUUACAGAAUUAAAACAUUCGCUGGAAAAUGAAAAAGAAAAUUGUAUGGUUCGACAUGAAUGUGCGGAAGCUCUGGGAGCAAUAGCAACAAAAGAAUGCAAAGAGGUGCUAAUGAAGUUUCGAAACGAUCCGGAACGUAUUGUACGAGAAAGUUGCGAAGUGGCGCUUGAUAUGGCAGAAUAUGAAAGUAGUGGUCAGUUUCAGUAUUCAUAUCAUUUUGAUUAUGUUUCAGUGAAACCUAUUCAGUUAGCAUGUUUGCGCAGUAGAUUUUAUCGAAUAACAAGUACAAAUGAUCCGACGGCUUUAAGUGCUGAAGACUUAGGUCGCCUGUAUCAGGUGAGCAAUGAAGACAUUGAUACAUUGUAUUACCGGUAUAUGUUACCUCCAAAAUUCCGGAAACAAGUGGAAACAUUGAAUGAAUGUGUUUGGUUAUAUAGGCGACCAACAUUUGAAGCAACCACAUGUUUAAAGUUGGUAGAUAUGAACAUUCCAAAUUUACGUAUAGUACUAUGGGGUCGAUGGGGCACUGGUAAAUCGAUGACUGUUUUCCAAACAAUUUAUCAUAUGUGGAAGCAAGGAUGGAUAAUAUUUACGAUACCAAAUGUGAUAACGAUUAUGAGGGAUCAUGAUGAAGCGAAACCAUCAACUUAUCGUGAAGGCCGCAUUGAUUUUCCUGUACUUGGGCAUCAAAUCUUGAGAAGAUUCAAACUAAUGAAUACACCCAAUUGGGAAAAACUCAAUGAAUGCAAAACCCAAAAGCACUACAAAUGGUCCAAAGUCGAGGAAACAAAAGAAGGAGAACCAGUCACAAAUAUAGUUGACAUUGGUCUUUCUGCUCCCUCUUUGUCAUCAGAUUGUGUUGGUGGCUUGCUUCGAGAGUUAACCCAUCACUGUAGUGCUGGCAGAUUUCCAUUGCUUGUGACGAUCGACCAUGCUAAUUCUCUUUAUGGUAAAACAACAAUGAAGGAUAGAAAUCAUAAACUUGUAGAUCCGAAGUACUUCACCUUAAUUCAUCAUCUCCGGAAAUUACUACGAAAUGACUGGACGAAUGGUGCAUGUUUGUUGGUUGCCGAUAAAAGAGAAAUCAGUGACGCACGUGACCAUCUUACAGUACCGCUGGAAACACCACUGGAACUUUUCGGAGAAGAUAUCGAAAAAAUAGAGCCUUUCAUACCCAUUGAAACUUCAUUGUAUUCGGUUGAAGAAAUGGAUAUUCUCUACGAUUAUUAUCUUGAAAAGAAAUGGAUCGCCUCCGAGUCAGGACGCACAGAACGAGCAAAAAAAGAAUUGAAGUUCCUGAGUGGAAGGAACCCGUACUAUUAUGAACGAAUCUGUGCUUUUGUUUGA